AUGUUCCUUCUUCUGACAACUCUUCAAGUCUUGGCUAUAGUCAUGGCACAGAGCCAAGUGGAUGAUAACAGGAUAAUUGGUGGUUACACAUGCAUCCAGAACUCCCAGCCAUGGCAGGUAGCCCUCCUGGCAGGUUCCACUCGUCGCUUCUUGUGUGGAGGGUCCCUGCUGUCAAACCAAUGGGUCAUCACUGCUGCUCAUUGCGCCCGCCCGAUCCUUCAUGUAGCCCUGGGCAAGCACAACCUGAGAAGGUGGGAGGCGACCCAGCAGGUGCUACGCGUGACUCGCCAGGUGCCACACCCCCAGUACAACUCCCAGACUCACACCAAUGACCUGAUGCUUCUGCGUUUGGAGAGGACAGCACGGUUAGGGAGGGCAGUGAGACCCAUUGCUGUGGCUCAGUCUUGUGCCAACCCUGGGAGCCUCUGCCGUGUGUCAGGCUGGGGAACCACAUCCAGCCCCAUUGCUAAAUACCCCACAGCUCUGCAGUGUGUGAACAUCACCGUCUUCUCGGACCAGGCGUGCCGUCAGGCCUACUCUGGAGCCAUCAGAGACGGCAUGGUCUGUGCUGGUGUCCCCCAAGGCGGGAAGGACUCUUGUCAGGGUGACUCCGGGGGACCUCUUGUGUGUAACGGGCAGCUCCAGGGCCUCGUGUCCUGGGGGAUGGAGCGCUGUGCCACACCUGGCUACCCCGGGGUCUACACUGACCUGUGCAAGUACCAAAGGUGGAUCCAGACCACCAUGAGGGGUAAUUGA